AUGUCGGCAGCUGCUGAGGUUCAGAGGACGGCGGCCGUGGACCUGGGCACCCUGCUGGACGCGGGCGACGGCGCGGUCGUCACGCUGGUGGCGGGAGAGACGCGGCUGGCGGCGCACCGCGCGGUCCUGGCCGCCAGGAGCCCCGUGUUCCGAGCCAUGUUCCAGCACGACACGCUGGAGGCCAGCUGCGGCGAGGUCAGAAUCGCAGACGUGGGGGGCCCGGUGCUGAGGCAGCUACUGUCUUACAUGUACACCCUGCAGGCACCCCAGCUGACCGACACGGCCCCGGAGCUGUUGACGGCAGCCGACAAAUACGGCCUGUCCGCCCUGAAGGCCGCCUGCGAACAGCAGGUGGCGGCACAGCUGGAGGUGGAGACGGCGGCGGCUGCAGCUGUGCUGGCGGUGAGGCACUCGUGCCCCAGCCUAACUGCGGCCGCCGUCCACUUCAUAAGGGACCACGACUACAAAGUAAUGGCGACGCAGGGCUGGGCAGACGCCGUGCUGCAGUACCCGAAAGACAUCGUCGAAGUCAGUCGGCUGCUCAGUGAGCCACCAGCAGAACCCAGCGCGCCGGCCGCCCCCGCCGCCCGGCCGCCCAGCGACAGCAGCCGGACCCCCGCUGGUGGGCGCAGCGACGUCAGGCCGUGCCCUGCCUGCCCCUCACUGGUGCUGCAUCCAAGUUUCAAUGACAAAGUGUUCAGGUUUGGAGUUGAGAAUAUUUGGUGCAUCAGUGAAACAAGGCAGCAAAUCCAAAGUGUGGCUGGGAGCCGCCGUCUGACGUCGCCGCCCUUGGGAAAUGCGGUGGAUCCGGGGCUGGUGCAGAGAGCAGCCCGAGCUGUGGUGGGCGGGUGGGUCGCCUCCACGUGGCCUGUGAGCCUCUCUCAACAGGAGAGAGGGAGGAGGCUGAUACAGGCGGCCGAGCAGGGCGCGGCGGAGCAGCCGCGCGAGUUACUGGCGGCGGGGGCGGACGUGGCGGCGAGGGGGGAGGCGUUGGGGACCAGCUGGACCGCCCUGCACUGGGCUGCAGAGAACGGCCACGCUGGUGUGGUGCGGCUGCUGGCCGGCGCCUCUGCUGACCCCAACGCCAGGGAUUGGCGGGGGCGGACGCCGCUGCACUGGGCGGCAGAGACGGGCCACGCAGAGGCGGCGGCUGAGCUCCUGCUGGCGGGGGCGGACAGGGGGGCCCGGGAUGGGGGUGGCAGGACCCCCCUGGACCUCGCCAGGCAGAGGGGAAAGCAGGAGCUGGUGGAUAUGCUGACACAACGCUGA